AUGGCCAUUUUCUUUGGUAUCACCCUUCCUCAAGAAUGUUUACUUCUUUAUCGCAUGAGGGAUUCCAUCCAGGACCUAUGUCACCCCCUCGCACUUGUGGGAGCAGCUUGUGAGCUUGAGCAUGACAGGUCAAUAAAACGCGAGGUCCGUCCCUUGGAGUCACAAUACAUGGAGCGACAAGACUUUGUUGCUCAAAUUGCGAAUGACAAUUUGGCAGCAGCAAUGCAGAAAGAACAGGUAGCGGACCUGCUCACCUUGCAUUUGAAAUGCAGCUUUCUGAUUGUGAAUCUGGAAGCGUCUAAGCGUCAAAUGAACAGAAUCAUAGAGCACUUGAUAGAGCUGCGAGCCAGCGACACAAUGACAGAUGUUCUAAGGAAGAAAGGCCUCUUUUGGAAUGGAGCCUGUGGAGAUUCGGGGCGUGACAACGACUCUAUCAUACCGAAACUUCACACUGAAAAAAGGUUAUACCAACGUCUCGUUCAAAUAUCGGACGAAUUUGACUAUAAGAUUGACAAUUGUCGACAAUCAAUGGAAGAUACGAUGGUAACCACACAAUUGAUGGUUAGCCGCGCUGCCCUCGACGACACUCGAGUAACUACUGAGUUGUCGGUCGCAAUGAAGGAAGACAGCUCGCAAAUGCGGUCGAUAGCAUUCUUAACCAUGAUCUACCUACCGCUGACGAGUGUAGCAACCGUCUUCUCGAUGAACGUCUUCAAUUGGGAGGCAGAGGGCGAAGAUUCCAUUAUCAACAAACACUUUUGGCUAUACCUUGGGGUGGCUGGAGGGGUCACGGCUCUUACUUUGGGCAUAUGGACGCUCUACACGGUGGGCAAGAAAGGAUUGUGUUGGGGAAAACAUCCAAGGGACUCCAAGACCGAAUCCAGGAUGAAUGCCACGGGUAGCGGACGCUCCACUGUAUGA